CAAGGAUACUCGCACUCCGCUGGCGGGGGCAGUGGUGUCGGCAGGGGCUAGUUUGGGACUCAACAUGCUCUUUUUGUACGUCCUGAACCUGGGUGUGUUGGGUGCCGCUGCCGCCACGUCCGGCGCGCAGCUGGUUUCCGCGGUGCUGCUACUGGCGGGCCUGGCAGCGGGCGGCCGGCUGCGGCGUGCCGAGCUGCUGACGCCGCCGGCGCUGCGGGAGGUGCUGCCCAGCCUGCAGCUGGGGGCGGUGCUGGCGGUGCGCAACGUGAUAUCAUUUGGUACGGUGAUGUACGCUUCCACCAUGUUCACUCGACUGGGG